AUGGCGGUUGCCACAAAUCCAGGCGGCCAUGAAAACCUCAUUGGAGACAAAUACGAGAUCAAAUGUCGUAAACCUGAAGUCAGUGACGACUACCUUGACUUUUACAUCGUCACGAAUACAGAUGGUGCGCAAUUUGAAGCUCAGGCCUUCUCGGCGAUGCCCCGAGAGAGGGAAGGACUGCUUCAAGCUCGCCGACGGCGCAUGAAGCGAAUUUAUCGCUCUGACAACUUCGAGGACGAAUUCGAGUACGAGGGGCGCCGCUUCCUUGUCUCAAGGGUACAAAGAAAUCAGAAAGAAUGGACAGACUUGGAGGCACAAGUGGGCGGGCGACGACAGCAAGAAAACUUGCCCCCGCCUCCGGAAGACUGCAUCGAGAAGUUCCGGGCUGUGAUUCCAGCAAACAUCAACGAAGGUGGGCCGGCAGAAUCU